ACAAUUUGACUGUGCUCAGUGACGGGUCGCAAGCACGAUAAAAGUAUCGCGGGUUAAACAACAAGAAAAAAUAAAAAAAAUAAAAUAGAGGUAAAAACAUCAUCAAACGGAAAAAUUAAUUUUGCUCUUGCAAAGUAAACAACAAACAAUAGAUAAAUACGUUAAAUCGUGAGAUACCUAGUCAACAUAAGUUCGAGGCUACUGAAAGAUACAAACAGACAUUCAUCCAUCCAUUCAUUUGUUGUGGAGGUGGGUGUAGUGAAAAGCGAUUUAUGCUGAAAAAAGCGGUGUAAAAAUAAAAGAUAAAUAAACUUUGAAAUUAAUAGAGAGAUAGCAACCAAAGUAAAAAUUGCCUGUGUUUUUAUUUUCAAUAAUUAACCCUAACCCGCCCUCAUUCUCACACAUGGCGAAGUGAAGCAACAACUCAUUUGAAAUUACCGGUUUUUGAAAAAUAAUAAAAGUGAUAAAGAGAUUUUAAAAAAGUUAUUCUUAUUCAUUAAUUAACUGAAAUUUGUUUGAAUUGCUUUAACGAAAAUAACACCAAAAACAACACUCCCCGGAUUACCCUUUCCCAGCAAACAUGGUGCAGAAAUUUCAAUCUCCCGUCAGGGUAUAUAAAUACCCCUUCGAAUUGGUGAUGAUGGCCUAUGAAAAACGUUUCCCCAAAUGCCCUCAAAUGCCCAUAGUUCUCGAUUGUGAGGUAGUCAAAGAUGAAGUGCUAGAAAAUGGCGCCCAACGCAAUACCAGUCGUCGCUGUAAAUUAGCUGUAGAAGCUCCCUAUAUCUUCAAGAAAUUAAUUGGUGUCGAAUUUGUUUUCUUCAUACAACACAAUUACCUGGACAUGGAAAAUCGCACCCUCAAUAUCGAGGCGGUCAAUGAAAGUUUUUCUUCGCGUAUAGAGAUUUUUGAACGUUGCCGCUAUUAUGCCCAUCCCGACAAUCCCGAUUGGACAUGUUUCGAUCAGACAGCCACUCUGGACAUUAAGAAUUUCUUUGGCUUUGAACACUCCAUGGAGAAGAUGGGCAUGAAACAAUACACCCAGACAACGUUGAAGGGUAAAGAGAUCAUAGAAUAUUUCAUAGAUCAACUAAAACAGGAGGGUAUAACGGAGGUACCGCGUUGGCAACCACCGCCAGAUGCUCCUCUCUCGCCCAAAGCCAGAGAGGCAGAAGAGGGUGGCACAGAGACCAAUGGUGGGGGUGAGAAGAGACCUUCCUCCCAUGACAUUCUGCUGGAUGGUGAUUUUAUAGCCAAACACUUGGGUCAAUUGACACCCAUGCAAGAAUCAAAAUUGCUGGAGUUACGAAAACUUUUGGAUUCUCUGGAGGAUUUGGAUAAAAUGCCAGAUUAUCAGACUAUAUUACGUUUCUUAAGGGCCCGCGAUUGGCAUGUUAAUCAGGCUCUGAACUCGCUCAAAGAAUCUUUGCUGUGGCGCAAACAAGAGAGAAUUGAUGAUUUGCUCAACGAAUACCAAAUGCCCACAGUGGUGAACGAUCACUUUCCAGGCGGUUGGCAUCAUCACGAUAAGGAUGGUCGUCCCAUUUAUAUUCUAAGGUUGGGUCAUAUGGAUGUUAAGGGUCUGUUGAAAUCGAUUGGUACAGAUGGCUUUUUGAAAUUGGCUCUUAACAUUUGCGAAGAAGGCAUACAAAAAAUCAAAGAAUCUGCAGAGAAUUUGGGUACCCCAGUUUUAAACUGGUGUUUGCUGGUGGACUUGGAAGGUCUUUCAAUGCGCCAUCUGUGGCGUCCUGGAGUUAAAGCUUUAUUGAAUAUCAUAGAAAAUGUUGAACGUAACUAUCCCGAGACCAUGGGAAGAGUAUUGGUGGUAAGAGCACCCAGAGUAUUUCCCAUUGCAUGGACAAUAGUUUCGGCCUUUAUAGAUGAAAAUACCCGCUCGAAAUUUAUAUUCUAUGGCGUUACAGAUUGUGAGCAAAUGAAGGAGAGUUUAGAGCAAUACAUUGAUGCUGAAAUUAUACCAGACUUUUUGGGUGGACCAUGCAAGACUCUGAUUCAUGAGGGCAGUUUGGUGCCAAAAACUCUUUACAAAAUGAAUUCUCUUGAGGAAGACGAUGCUGUGGACAAUCACAAGAGUACAUCCAAUAAUAAUUCUGGAGGUAUUGGUGGUUCAUUGGCCCAACAUCACCAUCAAAAUCUCUACAAAACCAUAGAGUUACGCACUGGCUAUUCACAUGAGGUGAUCAUAAGAAAUUCUGAUCCCAAAAGUGUUUUGACUUGGGAUUUCGAUGUGCUGCGAAGUGAUUUACAUUUUAGCUUGUUUAGAGUUACCAAAGAUUUGCCAGAGAAACAAGAUUUGGCUGUUUCCUUCUUUGAUAUGAGCGAUUUUACGGAAGGUGUGAACUAUUUUAAAGAGGAACCCACUCUAAUAUGCCAUAACAAAGAGAGUGUACAGGGUUCCCAUGUCAUGAAUCACAAAGACAAUUAUGUCAUGCAUUGGUUCAGUCCCUCUUGCAGCUCCGAGGGUCCAGCUCAACUCAAUUUCUUCUAUGAAGUUUUAAGUUCUGCUAACUAUAAGGGAUCUAUGACCAGCUUACAGUCAGCCUACUCAUCAAACUCGGCAUCCAGCUCUUGCCAAAGUCGAUGAUACGAGGCUUCUAUAAACAAGGAUGUCGAAAAUCUACUAGAAAUGGCCGAACAUCAAGAGCUCAUAACGGGUACGCUAAUGGAGAAGAGUCUUGAUUAAGAUUGACUACAAUUUUGCGUGUUUUAUUGGGUAAGAAGAACAGGAUGGUGACAUUCUGAUGUAAGUAUAUAUGUAUGUAAGACGAAAAGAUUUUAGAUAAAUAUGUAUUUUAAAAGACCAUAAUCCAGGAAAUAGUUUUAAAAACCACCAACAUACCGAAAUAUUGACAAAAAAACAAUAUUUGUAAUGUAAUUAUUUAAUUUUAAAUAAAGAGAAGUCCAAAAAUGUAUAACAAAAAUGGAGGAUUCACUAAUAGAAGGUUAGGUCACUUGCGAAAACACAAAGUGGAUAGGCCCCAUGAAUAUCAUUGAGGAUGUCAAAUCUGCCGAUUGAAAAGGUCAUCAAAUAAGAAAAACCGUAAACAAAGAAUGAAUGUAAAAGAGAACAAAUUGACAUCCUAAAUGCCAAGUACUGCCAAAAAUUAAAAAAAAAAUUGUAUGUCGGCUGAUCGCUUGGCUUAACCUUAUUCAGUGAAUCCUGACAAAAAUGAAAGCAGAAUAAAGAGAUGCUCCCAUUUAAAGAUUAAUUAAUGUUGUUUAAAAAAAUUUUAAAACAAAUAUGUUUCAUUGAAUUUUCAAACAAAUCUUCAAGUGUGAACACCCCUAUAUGAUGGACAUUCUUUGGAGGUAUAUGCUGUUUAUAAUAAAAUCAAAACCUAUAAUGGCACUAUAGCUCAAAUCCAUACGCUUUCGUUCGCUUGAUGAGUCUAAACCAAGAUAUAUUCAUUUACAGGUAGUGGCAGUUGCCGAACAACAAAAUAUUGAACGCACUAUCUGUCAAAAUCAGUGAUUAGUGCACCUCUGACUUUGAGUAUGUUACUAGUUCGCGCCAUUUUUCGUUGUUUGUGUGUGCUAUGGUUCUUAACUAUAGUGCACACACACAACCAAAACUCGUUGACAGAUAGUGCACUUCGCGAGAAAAAUUUGUGCACCUUGGUACACUACCUGAUAAUUAUUAUAUCAUGGUCUUAACCAGCUGUUUUUUUUUACGGAGUCAGCUGAUUUUGGCACUACGAUUUUUGUUUUAAAUAUAUAGCCAUUGUGGGUCUAGUGGUCGUUUACACUUAAGCCUAGUACUGAGUUCAUUCGAAGCGAAGGUGUCUAUUAAAUUAUUGCGAAAUACAUCGGACUCUAUUGUUUGCCAGAAUACAAACAAAAGUCAAACAACAACACACAACAAAGACAACACAAUUGAAAUAGAGUUGAUUGCUUUUUCCAUUUUGACAGUUGUUCGGCCGAAAAUUCGAAGUCAGUACUAGGCUUUAAAGCAAUUUGCAAAAAUUUUUGAGUACACGAACACACUUUAAUGUUUAUUUAUUUGAACGACAACAUUGACUGCAAAUACCAAUUUAUUGUACAAACAAAUCUUUAAGUGUGAACUUCCCCUUUAUGAUCCCCAAAACACAAAUAUAAAUUUGUAAUAUAGUUUUAAAAACCCGUUUACACUGCUCAUUAAAUCCGGAUUUAAGGCUCUCGUCAGCUGAUUUUAUAAAGGGAAAACAGAUGAUCGAGCCAUUAAAUCCGGAUUUAAAGAGUAAUGUAAACGGGGUUUAAUAUAGUUUUAAACCCCAUUUAAACUACGUUUACACUUACCUUCAAUACCUGUUUUAAUGACUUAAGGCCUAAACAGAAUGAGCGCAUUAGGAGCGUCGCGUUAAAAAAUGCAACUCUGCAAACAAAAUGUUAAAAAAGCAACUCAUAAAAGUUAAAAAAACUUAACUUUGACGAUCAAAAACACUACUACACGUGUGGCAACACAGAAUGACGCUCGCUUUCAUGCGCCAACGUUGACAUUUUUUAACUUUUCCGCAUUGAUUUUAUAGAAUUUGUGUGCAGAUUUGCAUAUCUGCAACGCGAAGCUCAAAACCAAAGCUAAAGCUCAUUCUGUUUUGGUCUUUAAUCAGCUGAAAACUCUAUUUUAAUGGCUCAUCAACAGAAAGUUGAGCCAUUAUACCAAAUGUUAAUAAUCAGCAUCAGUGUAAACGUGAUUUUAGUUUUCAAUUUAAAUCAGCUACAAAAUCAAUAUAUAAUUGCCCAUAUUCACAAAACUAAAUACAGCUUUAAAUUAGGAUUAUUUGACAGUUCUUUGAAGGAAAUCUGCCAAAUAAAUCCACUUUAAUAGCAUGUUUACAAAAAAAUUUUUUUUUAAUCUGGAUUUAACUAAAUCCAAAAACAAAUCCUGUCUGUUUACACUGCGUUUUUAGGGAUUUAACUGACAUACACAAGCGUACAUGCGAAUACACGAAUCACACACUACCAUACACAAUUCUUGAAAACAUUUGCAUAUUUUAGUACUUUUAUCGAUUAUUCGGCCAUGAAAUCGUGAUUAUUAGGGAUUUAAAAAUAAAUCAUGCAAAAAUGGGAUUU